GAGAGCCGGUGUUCAAUCAGGAAGGAAAACAUUUACUGAGGACAGGAUCAAUUUCAUCGAGAUAACAUCAUGAUGCUGAAGUUUGUCUGUGACUGAGAAGGACAGAAUAAACAGCACACAAGAACUCACUGGCAUCGAUGUCAUUUUAUUCUAGGUCAUCGAUGUGAAGGUGGCAUGUUUUGCCGAGCAACACAUUGUCGCAGGAGAAGAGCUGCCCUUUGGCAGAUUGUUGCCUUGUGCUGCAGGGAGAGGCUAACAGUGAAGCAACAUGUCCAGUGAGAAUGAGUCCUGCCUGUUUGAGAAUGGAUCGGUCAGCUUGCUCUCCUGCUUUAUUCAUGUGUGGGAGGAGUGGGCUGGACUUGGACAGUUCAAGGACUACCUCAGUUUCUUGGAGUAUCUGCUGUGGGUUUUCACACCUCUAGCUGUGGUCUUCAUCCUGCCUUUUCUCAUAGUUAUCCUCCUCUAUCUGUCCAUCCUCUUCCUCCACGUGUACAAGCGCAAGAACCAGUUGAGGGAAGCUUAUUCUAAUAACCUGUGGGAUGGUGCGAGGAAAACUCUGGCUACCAUAUGGGAUGGACAUGGAGCAAUAUGGCAUGGUUAUGAAAUCCAUGGUUUAGAGAAGAUUCCAGAUGAAGGGCCUGCACUAAUAGUUUAUUAUCAUGGCGCUAUUCCUAUAGACUACUAUUAUUUCUUGGCAAGUCUUGUUAUUCAGAAGGGAAGAACUUGUCAUUCGGUUGCUGAUCAUAUUCUGUUCAAGAUCCCAGGGUUUAAGCUUCUCUUGGAGGUGUUUAGUGUGAUCCAUGGACCGCAGGAGGAGUGUGUCAAGGCCCUGCGGAAUGGACACCUCUUGGGCAUCUCUCCUGGAGGGGUACGGGAAGCCCUGUUCAGUGAUGAGACGUACUCUCUGUUCUGGGGCAAACGCAAAGGAUUUGCACAAGUGGCCAUUGACUCUGAAGUGCCAAUAAUACCCAUGUUUACUCAAAACGUCAGGGAGGGAUUCCGCUCUCUUGGAACAUUGAAAUUUUUCAGAUGGGUGUACGAGAGGUUUCGCUUGCCGAUAGCACCCGUGUAUGGAGGUUUUCCAGUUAAAUUUCGCACCUAUUUGGGUGACCCCAUUCCAUAUGACCCCAAACUCAAUGCAGCUGAGUUAGCUGAAAAGGUGCAAAAGGCAGUGCAAGCACUUAUCGACAAACAUCAGAAGAUACCUGGCAAUGUCCUCAGAGCUCUUUUGGAGCGAUUCCAGAGGGAACACAAAGAGGAAUAGCACACUUGCUUCUCUCAGACUGAACAAAUAAACAUACUGGAAAUUUUAUGAUAUUGUUACACCAUAAGAUGAGCGACUAUGUUACUGACACGAUAGUGGACUUAUCUAGAGCACGAGAACAAAAGUAUCAGCAUAUAUUGUAAUGUUGCAUAUCAAAUAAUGGUGCGUGUCUUUGUAACGUCUGGUUACACGUUGUCUUCUAUGCAUGUUUGAGAACGUGAGGUCUUGAGUUUUUGUGUGAUUUCUUUUGAAUUUACAAUUUAUUUGCACACUUUGAUCUAUUCAAAGGACCACUGCCAAAUGAGUUUUUUGUCCACAAAGCCUUUGGUUACUUUUUUAUGUCUAUUCUUUCUGAUUGAUGAAUCAUUAUGUUAUAGUAUAUUAGAAUUUGGUAUAACUAAUACUUUCAACAAGAAGUCCAUUACAAUAUUUACCUUCCUGAAUGAAUUAAAAAUUGUAUAUGUAUUAUAAAAUUAAUUGCAUAUCAUGAUUCACGGGAGUUUGUAAGCACACUUAAUAAUAAUAUGAUGAGAGGUACAUUGAAGUUGAAUACUAGAAAUGACAAGUUCUAGUCAAAUUGUCUGCUGAGAUAAACGGGUCAGUACAUAAAUAUAAGUUAGUAAGGCCAAAACAGCUCUCAAAGCUUUCCUCAAAAGGGCAAAGUAAAAACAUAACAUGCUGAUUAUAAAAAAAGUAUGCAUUGUGCAACUAUUAGUGUGUUUUUAUUACAGGCAACAAAGCAUACUUAUCAGCAUUCAUUAUGAUUCUGUAACAUGUAUUUUAUUUUACAUGCUAUUUCAACCAGCAUUAUGGCUCUUGAAUCUAAUGUGCUGUCAAGUCUGAUCUAGACUGUUUGGAAAUUAAUGGUUGUAAAUUUAUGAUUUUAUAACAGAUUUUAUUAUUCAAAAUAAAAAUACAUAUGUGUUUGUAAGGUCUGGCACAGUUUUUAAUGCACCCUUUCUUAUAUUCCGUAAACCUGUCAUCCUUUCCUUUAGGAAAAAACAUUUUCUGUUUGUGACAUAAAUAUCAAAUGUCAGCAUGAGCAGUCUUCUUCAACCUAUCUCCCGUGAUCUGUCUACACAUCCAGUGUAUAAAGUUUGGUAUAGGGUUUGCAAAUGCACCAGUGUUACUAUUUAUAAAUCUGUUUGGUAUUGGUGGACAACAUGUGCAUUCAUUGUAAAUCCCUCCCCCUGAAAAAAUAAAAUUUGUUUUGUUUGGAAGAAAAUCUUUAUUAUUUAUGAUUUCUCAUUGCCUUAUGCAUGGAUGCAAAAUUUACUCUGAAUCUGAAAGAAGUUUGCAAGGGAGUCUAAUAAAAUGACCACAGUGUACUUUAUUAAAUUAAUUUGGUACUUUGUGUUGCAUUAGAAUCAAAUAAAAAUUUACAAAAAUCCAAUAUGUACAAAAAUGUAGCGUUCUUUUGUUUUACUCUUGAAUUUACAAUAAAAUUAGAGAACAUAUUUGAUGCAUUUUACGCACUUCAGACUUUCAUCACACAAUACAACUUACUUAAGAGACCAAUAAUAGACUUUUUUUUUUUAUGUUGCUUUUUUUUUGUGUAAUUUAAUACAUCACAUACACCACACUAGUUUUACCAUUAUUAUGUCAUAUGUAACUGCCAUCAUGUGGCACCAAUCUCUAAUCAAUAGACACCCUUCACAAUCAGGACUCAGAGAGGAAUGUUCUUUUACACAUGUACAUUUGCAUACAUUUAUUUACAGUUAAAUAGCCAUUUGCAAUUCACUAUGGAACUUCCAUUGCAACUGAAAUACCAGUAAAGUCUGUACAUCAUAUCUGAAAGCUGAACAGAAUGCCAUCUCUAAUGCAGAGUUCAUUAAAUUACUGUGCUUGUACUAAUAUCGUGCUCUAUUAAUAACCGCUGCUAAUCAUUAAUCUAAAGGUUUAUCCCCCCGGGUCAUCAUUUUGAUUGUCGGCAAAUUCUUUUCUGUCCGCAUCCUUUUUGUCUCUGAAAACCGCUUGCAGUAUACGCACAGUAAUUCAACAUCAUACUAAAUGUGCAUACAGACAAAAAAAAUCAGUUCACAAAAUAAAUAGGAAAAAAAACAAAAAACAACAACAACAAAAAAAAAAACAGAAAAUGUCCCUUAUGAAUAAUUAAACCUCACAUAGGCAAACAUUGUUUAAGGCAAAUAAAACAGAAUCAGCUUGCAUGAUCGCAACAUGAAUUUAUGAUCUCCCCUGACUGCUGUGAGUAGUUGUACAAUUUUGAAGUCCUGGUUUUGAGCUCUGCUUUACUGAUUUACUGGUAAUAAACAGAACAGCCUUCAACUCUUACACCAGAUUAAUUCUCAUCCACUGGGACUUGUAAUGCUGAUCUCCAUUGCAUUAAAUUCCUUUAUAUCACCCACAUCAACAACUGGAGGUGGAGAGUGGUCUGUUUAAAAUACCGCUUUGAGGUAGGUUAUAGUUAUGAAUUAGUCUUUCCAGAGCAAAGGAAUGGUUGAUGAUUUUAUAUAUAUAUAUAUAUAU